CAAAGGAAGCGCACACACGGGUCGAUUUAGGUGGGAUAUCAUAAGAAAGCAUGAUGUAAACACGGAAUAAAAACCGCAAGGCAGCAUUUCCAUUUCCCGUCGCACAGGUCCAUUAUUGGCGUUCAAUAUUACAUGAGAUCUGGGCUAACGACAGCGCGUCUGUCUGGACGCAGUAAGUGAGAAAUUGAAGCCAAGAGGAGUUGAGCAUUGUUUUAGUCUUCGCUUCAGGCUUGUUGGAGUUGCUCGCUGUGCUUUUGUCUUUUGGACCAAGCCCGGUUCCCUGAGAUGAUCAUGUUGGGUUUUUCAUCCAAACAAGUGGAGAUUCUGUCCUUUCUUUGAAAAAAAUCUGUUUUUCUCGUUUGGACUCGGGGACGACAAAGAAAACACACGAGGAUAUGAUGCAUUACUGAGGUAGACACUUCUUAAUGGCUGAGGCCCACUGAUCCAGUCCUCCCUGCACACCCCCUCCACCCCUCACCCCCUAAUCGCCACCCACCACUCACUUCAGUCACCAUGACAUCCACCAGCCGCCUGCUGGGUUUGGCUGAGGUGGGGCUGAAGUGUGACCAGGAGAUUGAGAGGAGGUAUGAGAUUGUUCCCUCAGUGGUCUGCUCCAUGUGCUGCCUCUUUGGAAUCAUCUACUGCUUCUUUGGCUAUCGUUGCUUCAAGGCCGUGUUGUUCCUCACAGGCCUAAUGUUUGGCUCUGUGGUCAUCUUCAUGCUGUGCUACAAGGAGAGGGUGAUGGACACUCAGCUGAGUGUAGAGGCGUCAGUGGGCAUCGGCCUGGGCAUCGGGACCCUGUGUGGCCUGGUGACCAUGUUGGUCCGCAGUGUGGGUCUGUUCAUGGUGGGCCUGCUGCUUGGCCUGCUGCUUGGAGUGGCUUCUCUGGUGGCUAUGGAGGAGUUCUACCACCCAAAAACAGUGUGGGUUCCUCUGGGUAUCCUCCUGGGUUCUGGGACGCUAUUUGCCGUCCUCACUCUUCAAUGGCAGCGCUGCUUCGUCACCCUCUCCACCGCCACAUUCGGCUCUGCCAUCAUCACUGUCACCGUGGAUUACUUUAUAGAGCUGUUCGCUUUGGUACACUACAUCUACGAGAGACUCAGGGUGGCGCCAAAGAAGCCAUUGUGCUGGUUUACUUGGGUCAUCUUGGGAGUGUGGCCGGUCCUGGCCCUCCUUGGAGUUCUGAUCCAGUGGAAAGUCACUGCAGAGGGAUUUUCUCACACAGAAGUGGUAUUGAGUCGACAGCAGAGGAGAGUCCAACUCAUGCGGAUCCGACAGCGGGAAGAGAGGCUUAAAAAGGAGAAGGAGACAAAGAAGAAGAAAAAACGAGACAACCAGAAGCCUAACCACAAGCAGAAAGCCCCCACCAAUCACCACCAUCACCAGCAGUACCAUCACCCCACGGCAUCCCACCCUCAUCACCAAGCACAGAGCUCUCAGCCACCUAAAGUCCCUCCUCCUCAGACUGAGCCCGGCUACCAUCGCAAGUCCAACCCCAAAAGGCGCUUUGAUGGAGAUGUACUGUCACCGAGCUACAUCCGGAGUUUCAGGGACAGACAAACAGACAGACGAGCGUACUCCCAAAAUCGAAUGAUGAGCCGCUCCCGGAUGGCUGAACUCGACUACGACUGCGGCUCUCGAGUGCCCCUCACGGCUCCCAGCGGACCUCCAGUUCGCAUCUGAGACAGGGAAAUGAACACCAUACCACACCCACAGUCACAUAGGACUGCUUCAAACAUAUACGUCAUAGAAAAUCUAACUUUGCCAACAUAAUUAACUGCCAUUUAACACAUCAGUAACUCAGUUAUCCAAAUAAGGUGUCCUGUCCAACACUGGUUUUCUCUAAGGAGUUGUAUUUAUUUGACCAGUUUGGUCCUGUUUUGUUCUUUAUGAACAGAUGCAAGGGAAGAACUUUUUUCUUUCUGAAGACACAAGAACUGAUUGCUUCAUCAAAUCUAAAGUCAUCACAAACUGUAUUUGACUUUAAAUCCCCUAUCCUGGUCUGCAGGACACUUGAAAUAAUGGACUUCUGGGAAGUUGAUUGAAAGUUGAACAUUUGAUUUAAAGAAACUUCUGGUUGCUUCAAAUCACAAUAAGUCAUUUCUGGAGGGCUGCCCCAUUUUCAAGGAAAUGCAUCAUGUGGCUUAUAUAGAGUUAAGGUUGCACAACCGUCAAUAAACCUUUUCUUUGUAUCUUGAAUCUUGGAAAAAAUCUUGCUUUAACUAUUCAGUGCCCAUAGAGGAAACUUUCAGAAAAACAUAAAAAACCACAGCAAAAACUUGAACAGACAGGCAGCUCUUCAUCAUUUUCUGCACGAAAGGUCGCUGUAGGAAGUGAGGAGUACAUGAAGUCAGCCUGUUAUCUCCUCUGACACCUUGUGAAUCCAGACAUGGCAGCCAGCACCAGUCUUCUGCUGCUUCAAAAUGCAGAACUGCGACUGCUUUCAGGUGAACAUGGAUCAAAGAGCUCACCCCGUAGACAAUUUUUUAAGUUAUCCCAUCCAUGAACACUCCAUGUGUCAUCGCCUACAUUAAUGCCAAUUUCCAAGGGAAAUGUGCUCACGUGUCAUCAGUUCCCUUUGCCCUCGAUUCCCCAGCUGUUUUAACCACAGAUCUGAGCAGAAGAUACAUCCGUACCCUUCUUCUUCUUUCUUCUUCUCCUGGAAUUAAAAGCUUUUUUGUAAGCUACUUUAUGUAAUUAUCUUUGUCGACAUGUUUUUGUAAGUGCUCUCGUGUUCCUUUCACUCUUCCUAAUCCUAAAGACUAACUACAUUUUGUGAAUUUGUCAGUAGUGUGACGGUCAAACAGAAAGAGAAGAACCUGCUCUCUGAUACUGGUCAUCCAGAAAUGUGCUUCAGAGAGGACAAUACAUGGCAGUAAAUAUGGUUGAUAUAGUGUGUUUGUGUGUGAGAUUAUAAGGGAGCCCUGUGGCAAGUGAUGGAUUGCACCACUUAUUAACAGAGAGGGGGAUUAAUUGAAAUGUAUGUAAAACAUGCUGUAUUGUGUUUCCCCUUUUUGCUCGUAUACAGGUUCAGUAAGGCUGUGAAUCUUAUAGUUUGGAUGAAGUGUAAAAUGAUGAAAAGGAGCAGAAGCAACAUAAUCUCCUGUAAAUCACAAAACAUGGUGAAAAGAUGAAAUCAUUUGCAAAGGGCGCCCUCUAAUGUUUACUACUGGACCUUUUUUUUCUUGUCAGUUGGAUUUGAACACUGAUCUACUCCGAACAUUACAAUUGUGGUACUGAAGGGAAGUUGGAUUUGCACAAGGAGUCUCUCAGUGCAAAGGAAAUAUUUUUGUUUUAUUUGAACCUGUUUAAGGUACUGUAGUUUCCUAGAAUAAACAGCAGCACUACUAAUGUUACAAUUCCUACUGAGACUAAAUGGUACUGUAACUUCAUUAUGACCACUUGGAUUGUGUUUUAUGUCCUUUUUAUGUUAGAGUUUACCUUGAAUUUUAGAUCAAAAAAACAAUUCCACAGUACUUUGCUCAAUUUCUUAAUAGUUGAAGGGACAGGCUUGGCAUUGGAAGGACCAAUCAUUCUCACCCUAACCCACAACUGCAUGAGAAUUCUUGUGUAACUUUGUCCAAUGUGUCGAUGUUUCAAUGUGUCACUGUUGUCAUGUGAAAACCUCCGAUUUCCAUUUUGAGUUUGUUGGUCCCAAAACACAAUCCACAUUGACUGAAGGGAUAUUGUGGAAGGAAGUCCAAUUAAGCAUUUCAAUAUCAACAGCAUACAGAAAAGGUUAUAGUGAAUCUUGAAAGGACCAACUUAUUUGAUCUUUUCCUAUCCCUGUUUAAACUUGUCCAGGUAAAGGGCUUUGAAAAUGCAUAAUAUGAAUAAUUUCCCUCCUAUCGACGUGCAUUACGCUAAGCCAUUUUCCUUUCUACUGUAUCAGUGUUACGCCUAUAAUGUUUGUCAGUAGUGGCUGUUGAAGUUGUAUUUGGGACUUUGCUAACAUGUAAGUCCCGUUUGGUUCUUCUUUUUGGUUUUACUGUAGUGCGCUUGUAACAUCAUAAUCAUUUGCAUUUGUUUCUACUAUUAUUUUUCUGUGAUUGUGCAUAACUGCUGAGCAUAUGUAGGGAAAACACUUGUUGUAGAUAUUGAACUGUAAAUAAUUUUUAAAUGUUCAAAUCAUUUCUUUAAUUCUAUGUUAACAUCAUGAUCGCUUAUGUUAUUUAUCCAGCUGAUUGGAUUAGGUCUUUUUUAUAUUGCGUUACUACUGUAUGUCCAAUUAGUUCUACCUGGCUGAAUGGUGGAUGCACUUGUAUCAUUCUCAUGCUGCUGUUUCAAUGUGUGAUGAAAAUCAGCAAACAAACUGAGCCUUGACUCUUUUUAUCAGCAACCAUCGGUGAUUACUCAUUACUCCAUCUUUUUUAGAAGAUAUUGCAUUUGAUUUUCCUACCAACCUCUUUAAAUGUGUAAAAAACACCUGAAGACAAUGGUUAUUGUCAUUAUUAUUAUUAUUAUUGAUAGCAUGAAUUUAUAUGGACCUAAGCUAUGAUAAACAUUGUGAUUCUACAAUCUAAUGGUCUUGUUUUUCUUUACUUUUCUUACAGUGAUCACACAGAUGAUUUUAUGAGUACACAUAUCAAAUAAUCAGACACACAUUUAUUUUACAUAAAAGGUAGGAGUUUAGGUAACAAAUCAAAGUGUUUCGGCAGUACUACUUAAACCAGCUGAUUUUUACAAUAUCGGUUUCAGUCGGGCUUUACAGCAUAUCAUGUCUAGGCCACGAUACAGAGCUAUACAAAAUACUUUAAACAAAAAACUAAGCAUCUUGUUUAUAGUUGAGUCCAUCCAUUAUGACUUCUUCUUACU